AUGAGCUACGCACGUCGAGAUUCCAGUGUGUCUUUCACAACGCCUGGUAUCAUGCAUCAUCAAAGUAAACUGGACGUUUUCAUUAUCAAGGCUCACCGGGUUUUGUCAAACAACGCUGUGAUCAAUGGAGAAGACGUGAGUGUUCUGAAUACGGCAUCAAGUUCGCCGAAAUCCAAUGGCCCGGUCAACGGGACUUCACCACAUAACGAUCUAACGCUUUUUCAGCGGCUUUCACAACUCUACAACGCUACAAUCUCCACAAGUUUGCUGGACGACAAUUCGACAUCGCCUAAAUCAGCAAUCGAGCUGUUCCAGCGGUUUCAACAAAUCAUGAAGGAACUAGAGCUAAGCUACGAGGUCAGUCCCUACGGCAAGUAUUUCCGUAAGCUCGACAACGGGAUGUGGCAGAUCAAAGACGACGCAGAGCUCCUAAAUGACCAGCUUUGGCAGCUGGUAUCGGUGUCGAUUAGCACGGUAUUUGACUGGAAAACAGGCCAGAUGCUGAAUCAAAACAGGCGGCGUGUCAAUAGCAUGGCUACGUCGACGAAAAACUCGCCCUCGGAAGUCAUUGACAAUACGCUGCCGCAGCAAUUACAGAAAAGACUUCAAAAACUGCAACAAGACGGCCGGCAUAAUUUUUACUCCACGUCUCCCCCUAGUCCCUCAGUGAUGCCCACCAACGGCAAUGGAGGCCGGUCAAAUCACAGAAACACAUCCAGCGGGAGAGAAAAUCUGGCAAACUCCAACGGCAUCAAUGCUGCUACUGUGGGCAACAACAAUAACGGUGUGAGCUCCAACAUUAUGGUCAACAGCAUGAACCCCAGUAUUAACCCUAAUUUGAAUUCCAGCAUGAAUUCCAGCAUGAACCCUACCAGCAUGGAGACUUCCCACAUAAAUCCGAGCCCAGAUCCCCGCAGGAACAUCAGCACUAAUCCUAACACUGACAAUUCUAUCAAUCCAAACAUGAACGCUGUCAUGAAUUCGCAAAUGAACUCCAAUUUCAACGCUGCCGUCAACCCCAGCUUGAACAACAUGAAUUUGGCUCUAAACAUGGGGCUGGAAGCCCUUACUGGCAAUCCGCAGGGUAAGCGAAAGUAUGUUGGUGUGGGAACCCCCGAUGAAGAUGCUGUGGACGAACUUUUACAACUGGCUACGAAGAAAACUAAGUCAGAUCUGCCUACGAUCGAAGAGGACACACCACAACAGCCGCUUGCGAUUCAAAUCGACAAGGGAAAUGGUGCUUCUGACGUUUACGAACGGCUGUUGAAUGAAAAAGAUCUCAGAAUCAAGCAGCUUGAAGCAGACCUCGACUCUCAAAGACAAGAAACACGUUGGCUCCAAAAAAUGUUACUCGAAGAUUUGGCAUGUGUGCGUACUAUGCUAUAUAAGGAUUCCCGCCACCGACCUUGA